AUGACGUUUGUUCAUAUCGUGGGAGCGAUCGUAAUAGCGUUAUUGGCAUGGCCCUUUGUUAAGAUCGUCAACCACCAUGGCAAAGCUCGGAAGAUAGGAUUGCCAAUUGUCAUUUCGUCCAUCGACCUCUACAACCCUUUCUGGGCAACUAUAGGGCCAUAUAUCUUCCCUCUUAUCGCCCGGCUGCCGUAUGGACUCGGGGAUGCCGCCAAUUGUGACACCUAUAAAUGGAAUAUGAAGACACGGAGUAGACUUCACCGUCAGCUGGGCCCAGCGUUUAUCAUCGUCGAUCCCAGAGGGAUCAAAAUAAUGUUGGCCGACGGGCAUGCGAUUGAAGAUGUCCUUGUCCGCAGAAAGGAGUUUCCGAAACCUGAUGUUUAUAAAAUUUUGGAUGUUUUUGGGCCGAAUGUUGACAGUGUGAACGGAGACAAAUGGCAACGACACAGAAAAAUAACAGCUCCUCCUUUUAACGAAAGAAAUAGUAAACUCGUGUGGAAGGAAUCCCUUUCACAGGCAACGGGAAUGCUUCAAGCAUGGGCCAAUGCCGGGAAAGCUGGCAUCAACAACACCCGCACUGAUACAAUGACUCUGGCGCUCCAUGUCCUUACAGGUGCUGGCUUCGGAAAAUUUUUUGACUUCCAAGGUGGAGUUUCCAAGCCGGGCCCAGGCCACAAAAUGUCCUUUGAAGAAUCCCUCCACAUUGUCCUUAACAAGUUCAUUGCCGUACUCGUUGCCGCUUCUAUAACCUUUAUCCCGAAACGAUUCUCCUCCGUCCAAACUGCCACUGUGGAAUUCAAGCAAUACCUGACCGAAAUGGUUGCCGAAGAGCGCGCAUCGAUGGAUUUGAAAAGCGACGAGAAGGAUAACCUUAUGAGUGCGCUUCUUCGUGCAUCCGAUUUACGAGAUUCCCAAGGCGAUGGAAAGAACACCUUGAGCAAUGAUGAGAUCUACGGGAACCUGUUUAUAUAUACCUUUGCCGGCCAUGACACAACUGCAAAUACCAUUGCAUAUGCAGUUUAUCUGUUGUCAACAGACAAUGACAUACAGUCUUGGUUGAAGGAAGAGAUCCAAGCUGUCAUUGGUGUUUAUGGCGAUGUGGAAAACUGGAACUACGAGGAAGUAUUUCCACGCCUCAAGAGAUGUCUUGCAUUAAUGUUCGAGACGGUGCGAGUCUUCGGACCAGUCGUCAUGCUGCCAAGAGAGACCAAUGAUUCAUACCAACCACUAGCAAUCAAAGGGAAGACAUACAUGAUUCCUCCCAGUACCUCUAUUAUAAUCUCCAUGCUAGGCCCCCAUACUUCUCCCGAAUCCUGGGGCUUCGACUCCUACGUAUGGCGGCCGGAUCGCUUCAUCAUUAAAGAAGGCAACUCAACCGACUUGGAGCACGAACAAUUGCUGCAAGCUGCAGCCAGCGCAUUUGUACCAUGGUCGUGGGGACCGAGAAUCUGUCCCGGGAAGAAGUUCGCUCAAGUUGAAUUUGUUGCUGUAAUUGCGCGUCUUUUUCAACACCAUCGAGUCAAGCCGGUAUUGCAAGUAGGAGAAUCACCCGAACAGGCUUCGCGUCGAAUUCAUGAGAUUAUUGAGGAUUCUGCUGUAGGGUUGACGCUUUGCAUGAAACACCCCGAGAGAGUGAAGUUAAUGUGGGAGAAAGAUACUUGA